CUUUUCAGGCAUUUUCAUUCUCGUGGGGGUCAAAUUAUCGCCCUCAAACCCUUCUACUCGCUUAUUAGGGUUUUACAGAACUGAUCUUAUAGCAUUAGUAACUUGUGCAUAGCAACUGGUACAAUCAGUCGAAGAUGGAUAAGAGCAUGCUUGGAGACUUGGACUCUCUGCCCGAGGACGAUAAGCUCCGAAUGUCCUCCAUGAUUGACCAGCUCCAAAUCCGUGACAGUUUAAGGAUGUACAACUCACUGGUGGAAAGAUGUUUCACAGAUUGUGUAGACACCUUUAGACGCAAAUCUCUAGACAAGCAAGAGGAGACUUGUGUACGCCGCUGUGCUGAGAAGUUUCUGAAGCACUCGAUGCGUGUUGGUAUGAGAUUUGCUGAGCUCAACCAAGGUGCAGCUACCCCAGAUUAAGAUACCUGAGAUUUACAUUUGCAAUCAUGUUCUGGCACAUCUAAUUGUUUUUUUUUUUUUAUGGAAGUAAUUUCCAGUUAUUGACUUGUGAUCCAUUGCAGACUAUGAUAUGCCUUUAUUCACUGGCAUAAAAUGUUCCAAGUUUUAAAGAUUUUGUAUUGCUAGUUUGCGGGAAAGAAUAAGAUGAAUAAUGAUUUUUCUUCUGUUCA